AUGCAACUGGCAGGCCUGGCAUCUCUGGGCGAGACUGCAGCCAGUGUCAGGCACGCCACAGUUCUCACAGACAGAGGCUGCUCCAGUGAGUACACAUUGCUAUUGUUUCUUUGUUUCAAUGCUUGUCAGGCACGCCACAUUCUCACAGACAGAGGCUGCUCCAGUUGUGAUGAUGGGUGUACGGGGCUGCUCCUGGACAAGACGGAGUUGCUGGCAGCCGAGUUGGCUGACAAGGCGGGGCACCUGGAGAGUGGGGGACUGGCCCCACCAUGGGAACAGCUGUUUGCCCUGGAGCAUCGUACAAUGGACCACCAGCUAUUGCUGGAGCAGUACAAGAACGCCUCGCGUGCCGUGCAGAACUUACCCGCCAAAAUUGACGAGGAUAUCAGCAAGAAAGUCAAACAGCUUCUCAAUAAG